CCGGGUCCUAAAGGAGACAAGGGGGACCAAGGUGACCAGGGGCCACGGGGGUUACCUGGCCCCCCUUCUCUGGCGGCUUUGCACAGCAAUCAGAUCCUGACCGUUAAGGGAGAUCAGGGGCAAGCUGGCCCCCCCGGACCACCGGGGCCCCCAGGCCCCCCCGGUCCUCGAGGGCCCCCAGGCGACACAGGUAAAGAUGGUCCCAGGGGAGUCCCAGGUCUUUCGGGAGAGCCAGGGAACCCAGGCGAAUUGGGGUUGAUGGGGCCAGAGGGACCUCCAGGACAAAAGGGCCCACCUGGAGUUGAUGGACUGAAGGGCGAGACGGGUUUGCCAGGAGUAGAUGGACUCUCUGGCUCCAAGGGCGAAAUGGGAGAACCAGGUGAAAAGGGUGACAUGGGAGAAGAUGGCCAGAAGGGUGAAAUUGGUCAGAAGGGAGAUGCGGGAUCAUCUGCAGCUGGCAUCAAGGGCGAGCCGGGCGAGUCAGGCAAAGGAGGUCAGAAGGGAGAGCCAGGACUUCCAGGGCUGCCUGGACUUCCCGGGAUAAAGGGUGAACCUGGAUUCCUGGGCCCCCAGGGAGAGCCAGGAUUGCCAGGGCUCCCAGGAACCAAGGGCGAGCGUGGUGACAUGGGCCCACCAGGGAAAGGAGAGCGAGGUCAGACAGGACCCACCGGGCAGAAGGGAGGACAAGGGGAGCCUGGAGCCCCUGGUUACAAGGGAGCAAAGGGAGAAACGGGGGACAAAGGGGAACAAGGAUCCGUGGGGCUGAGAGGCCCUCCUGGAUUGAAGGGUGACCAGGGGGCGACCGAGAUCAUCGACUACAAUGGAAACAUCCAGGAGGCCCUGCAGAAGAUUACCACAAUUACAGUGACGGGUCCUCCAGGACCAGCUGGACCAAUAGGACCACCAGGAAUAAAGGGCGAGCGUGGAGCACCAGGUCUCCCAGGCCUUGACGGCGAGAGGGGUCUGAAGGGCUCGAGAGGAGAUGCGGGGGUCCAUGGCUUGCCCGGAGACAAAGGGAGUCUGGGAUUGCCUGGCUUGCCUGGUGUGAACGGGCUGAAGGGCGAAAAGGGGGACGCAGGACUGCCUGGGCCUCAGGGACCUUCGAUCAUCGGCCCCCCUGGAUCUCCCGGCCCCCACGGCCCACCGGGGCCCAUGGGUCCUCAUGGUUUUCCAGGUCCUAAGGGAGAAGCUGGGUUGAAUGGUCUUAAAGGAAUGCGAGGGGAGUCUGGCCACAAGGGCGAUCGAGGGCCCCUGGGCCUCCCUGGGGCGUCUGGCUUGGACGGCAAGCCUGGAAUUAGGGGAAUGGACGGGCCUGCAGGUCCACCAGGCCCAGCUGGACCCAAAGGUGACAUGGGUGAGGGAGGACCAGCGGGGGAACCUGGGCCGAGGGGACCGUACGGAUUACCUGGUGCUGUGGGGACACCUGGAUUGGAUGGGUUACCAGGAUUAAGGGGCGAGAAAGGUGACAUUGGAGAAAGAGGAGAAAAGGGUUUCCGGGGAUUUAAGGGUGAAAAGGGGGAGCCGGGCCAGCCUGGUCUGGACGGGCUGGAUGCCCCGUGCCAAUUGGGCCCUGAUGGUCUACCAAUGCCUGGCUGUUGGCAAAAGUGAUCAGUCUAACCCAAGCGCAUGGAGUUUGUAAAUAACGCAUCAUUUGACAUUAUUUUAUUUUUAUUUAUAUUUUUUUAAAUUGAAGAUAUGAAUAUAUAAAUAUAUUGCAAGAGUGCCCAUGAAGUUCACGUGUAGCUGCUUCUAACUUGUUUGCGGUUAACAAAAGUGUGUAAAAUAAAUCUUGUGCCAGAAUUGUGGUGGUCAGGUGUGUGACUGUACACAGAGCCUGCACUGGGGGCUUAAGUCCAACUUGUAGCUUUGCUCGCAUUGGACAAAGUCCAAGGAGGAGAACUGGACAUCCUGACCUAUAGGGGGCGCACUGCACAGGCUGUGCAGACGAGUCCUUGGAAGGGACCUGGGCUGGAUUCGACGAAAACGGGAGAUGACGGACAUGUUGUUUGUGUUCAUCUCAAGCUUGUCAUUAUUCCAUGCCAUUACUACCACCAGCUGAAUAAAACCUUCUAUGUUAACUACAAAAAACUAGAACAAAAAAAGCAUGAGUGCUGUGCUUAAUUAAGAAUACCAGUGCGUGGGUAAUAAAUAUCGUUGGUGUAGCGUGAUUCAGUUUAUGGCUUCUUCAUAAAUUAACUUGGAUGGAUCAUGGCAACUAAUUUACAAGAAAAAAAAAAGAAAUCGCAAAGCUCUGAAUAUGUUUUUUGUUGUUGUUGUUGUUGUGGUUGUCGUCUCGUUUCCACAUCAUCUUCAAAAGGGAGUCACCCCUUGGUUGGUGGCUUGAAAGCAGUGGAUUCCCCAAGUGGACGAAGAUGAGUAGCUCUCUUUUUUUUAUUGUGGCGAGAGGCCUACGGAUUGAUCGUUGAGGUCUGUGGUCCCUCACCAAAGCACUUGCCCGGGGUUCCUGGGGGUCCGUAAAAAUCCCAGCAUCUGCUACGUUCAAGCCGAUGCUUUCAAACAGCACUUGUCCCUGGGAGUUAGAAGGAGAAACAGAGCCUUCCGCAGGCGCUCUGUUACCGCUUAGCCGGGUUGAGCUGCUUGAGUCGGGUUUACGUGAGGACAUUGGACAGGAUUUGUUCGGUAUCAGAGAGGCCUGGCCUCUACGGGCCUACUUGGAUCCAGUGGUCCCUCAGCUGGGGACGAUGAAGGCACACCCGUCAACAUGCCUACACUCUCAGGAAAAAAGCUACAGAAAUGACCUAAAAAGUACAAGUGCUUGUCACUGGGGUGGUACCCUAGAGCGAGCAAAUAUAUCACUAAUUUGCUUGUAAAUGGUCCUCAUUAGUACCCAAAUUACCCACAUUAUCGUACUUUCAGGGUACACUUGGGUGAUUUGUUCCGAAAAGAACAACAACGUACAUCCACCGUACCUUUAUUUCUGAGAGUGUAUCAUAAUCUUGAUAGCAACCAAAGGAGUCUCUUCACAUGAGAUUCCAUUGAGUGAGAUUACACGGAGGAUUAACUAACCGGAUAUGGUAGGGGAGGAGUGUUGAUGGAUGUUAUGAUUUAUUGUUUUUUUUGUUUUUUUAUAUUGUAAUUUCUUGUUAUUGUGUAUAGCCUUUGGUGCCUCAAGCUUUUUGUUAUUCAUUCCCAUUGUUGGAAAUAUGGACAUUUUUAUCAUACUUUAAGUGAUAGGAAUGGUUUGUUUAUUGUAUGAUGGUAUCCUUGUUAUGUCCAAUUCUGCAGUAUUAAAAACCAACAGUACUUACUAUUUGUAUUAUCUUAUGAAGCUCUCCCUGAAAAUGUCAAAUGAAGGCUUUUUUACUUAUUAUUUUUAAUGUAUAUUGUGGCUUCAACAAAAACUAUUUAUAUUGUGUAAGAGGAAUUUUAAAUAGAUCAUAGACUAUCAAAGCAUAGCUUGGUAAUCGAUCAUACAGAGCAUUUUGCAUUGGAACAGAGAAUGCCUUUUCUGCUUCAGUGCAGAUACAUUGUGAUAAGAAAACUGGUUCAUGACUUAUGCUCCAUUUGGAAUUUACUUAGAUUUUUCAUGUCCCACAGAAUAGGAACUGCAAAAUCUGUCCAAGUGAGUUGUCACUUUUUAUUAUUUUUAUUUCUUGGGACAAUAUUGUACAGAAAAUCAUUUUCACUGUAAUUUUAUAAGAUUGCCUGAGUUAAGGACCAGCCACUGAAAUAUGAGCUUUCAAAAUGUCAAUAGCAUAAGCUUUAUGGCAAAGCUAUCAAAUUCCUGGGAGAGUUGAUGAUGAUGACAAGACAAAAGUAGAGUCAUUUUGUUUCCUCUGUUGUCUGAAUCUAUCUCUACAUCAUAAAGUUUCUCCAGAAAACAUUUGCUGGUGAAGUUGCCCCAUAAACAUCUGUUUUUCCUGUCUUUUGUGAAAAACAAAUUCACGGAAAACUCUAUUAUACUUUUAUAGUAUUCUAGGUGUGUUUACAAGGUAAGAUAUUGGGGAGCGAAAAACAUAUUUCUCCCCUCUCCCCAUUCCAUUCUUUACAGUUUUAAACAAUUUCAUCCUGCAUGCAAACAAAAUGGUAUUAGACGUCUGGUACAACAAGUAUGAUUUAACAGAUUUUAUAUUGUAAUUUCAACGGAAGGUUAUGUAUAGAAAUGCAUGCGCAUGAUGAUUGUUGGGCUAUGUCAAAUUUACAUUACAUUCCAACACCAGCAUCAAAUUAACUUCCUCCUUCUUCUGCCACUGAAAUUGUUCAGGAUUGUUUCAGUAGAAGGUGUUUAUUUUAUCUGUAGUAACACUAAAAGAUAGAUGACCACUCCCUCAUCUUGCUAUUGGUAGAGACAGAAAUUAUCUUGUCAAUAUGCACAACAUUUUUGUAUUAAGGAGUAUUACAGAAAAGGUCCAUCGACAGAACCCAUUUUUGUCAUAACUUAGAUAUUUGCGAUUUCAAAAUUUACUCUGUUAUGAAUUAUAUUUCCAAAUACAAGUUUUUAUCUUUUUUGAAAUGCUAUCCUAGCAUUCAAAUGCAUGGAGGUAAAUGCCCCCCCUAGUUAUUAUUAUGACUUUUUCUUGAUGUUAACAUUGUUUGAUAUUCCUGAAAUGUUCCUUCCAUGUCUUUGAUGGUGCUAUCAGCUUGUUAACUGGGCACUGAAGGAAAAUCACUGUAUGCACCAACCAGACUAUUUUUAUUUUUUGUUACAGUACAUUUAAGUUUGUUUUGUGUAAUGUGUAUACUUUUAUAUUUUAAUUACUGUUUUAAGUUGUACUUUAUUUAUUUUUUACACUUUCUUAGCUUAUUGGUUAUGUAUAGGCAUUCCUUUGGACAUGGGCUCACUUCUUCCAGUUCUCAUGCCAUUUUUAUCUGCUUAUUUCCCUCCCUAUUUCUUAGCAGACACAGCUAAAUUCACCUCUGUUAAAUCCGAAAGGGACAAUAUUUACUUUUAGUUUUAGAAUACUCUUAUCAGAAUUGAUUUAACACUGAAUGUGUUGCUGUCAGACAGUACUGAAACAUAUUACUUUGUGGAAAGGAAUCCCGUAUGGAAUGUACAUGCUCAUAAACAUAUGAAACUUUUCUGCCACAGUAGGUUGUGAUGUGGGCACCUGAGUGGCUCUUUUGUCCGGUAGAUAGACUUUGUUCAUAUGGUACAUACAGUAACAAAGAAGCACAGUCAAUAAGUGUCGCAUUAAUUUACAUAUAUUUCUUUUCUUUCAAUUCCUGGUCUGGCUCCAUAAUGCUGCUUUGAUGUAUCUGCAGGUUAGACCAGACUGCAGAAAUCCGCAGAAAUGUAGGUGUAGAAUAACUCAAAUCUACUUAAAGGGGCCAUUCAAACAAAAAUGAAAUUUAAGUAUUUCACACCAGUAUUCUGGGUGAAGUGAUUGGGUGAAGUGGUGCAUUGUUUUGAUCAUUAACUUGCCAAACUCUGUAUCUUUGCCAGAAAUGUCUGAAUGGCGUAACAGUAACUAGUUCUCAAGUUAAUGUGGUUUUUUUGAGCUCUGUUGAUGUCCGUGAGUAACUAUGACAGUAUUUUUGGAAAAAAAAUGCUCCUGGUGAGUUUCUAGCUUUAAGUUGUGGUCGCAUUAAUGAGCAUGAAAAGAUUAGACCCGGAGAGGUCCAUUAUAUUAUAACAUCACAUCUCAGCUAAACUAACUGCAUAGUACUCUAGGUAAGUGAAAAUACUUUAAUUUCAUUUUUUGGGUGAACUGCCCCUUUAAAGGAAACCUCUGGCAUUCAAAUAAUUCUCACUGAAUUUAUGUACCAGACCAUGAAUAAAUACAAAUUCUUUGUUUACCUUUAGUUUUUAUUUUAUUUACUGCGAAGUAGUGAAGUCAAGUAAGACCUUAUCCAGUCUUGAAUUUCCUAGGCUAUGCUAUACUUGUAAUGCGGCAACAGUGAGCAAGCAUGUGACCUCACUCCCUAGAUGAUUUGCGAACUUGCAAAUAUGGUGGCGCCCAGGAAAUUCAAGGCCCUACUAAAAAUUUCUAAAUUUAUUUAUUCAUAGUCUGAUAAGUAAAUUAAGUACAAAUUAUCGGAAUGCCUGAGGUUUCCUUUAAGGUACUGUGUUGGGUGCAUCCGUUAUUUGGAAUUGUGUCAUCGAACGGCAGCAUUGCUGUUCUUGCAUUUGUUUUUGUUUCUCCAUCCCCAACAUCAUGAAAUGUAUAUUGCUGUGGAAUGCUUUUUGUUUUCAGAAUAUGCACUAUGUGUUUAAUAUAGUCCAGAAAACCACAUAAUGCCAGUGUUUAAUUUGUUGACUGCUACUGGGAAGUAAUCAUUUGAAUACCCAGGCAAAUGUAUUAAAUUGAGCAUUGAAUGUAGAUCAAUAAUAUAUGUAUAAUGAAAUAUAAACGUGGCAUUUGUCAACUGCUCAUUAUAGUUUUUAUUUCUAAUAAUUGUCUGUUGUAAUUAUAUUAGUAGUGUACUGUACUUCAUUUGGUUUAAAUGUUAAAAUGUGUUCUAAAAUGCAUCAAAUACCAUAACUGUGAUUAAUCAUGAAGAUAAAUUAUAUAGUCCCCUUUUUUUGGAUGAUGAUUCAUUUGCCCGUUAUGCCAAUGUAAGGUUUUUAUCCAUCUUGUUAUGCGGCUCGUCUUAAUCCUUCGGGUCUACCAAAACAAACACUUGUGUUACACAAUCAGGUUAUCCAGAAAUGUAAGGCAAAUGUAAGGUUCAACUUCUUAAGUCUGGUGCAUAUACAAGUACAAUAUGCACCUAGUCAAAGCAGACCUCAGUCUGACAGCUUUCAAAUUCAGUCCGGUACAAUCUCUUUUCAAAACUGAGCAACUUGAAUCCUCAUCAGAACAUUUCUUUGAUUGAUUUCUUUGUUUUCCAGAGAAUAUAGUCUCAGACACUGUCUUUCAUAUUUCCCUCCUGUUUUUUUUCGUUUUGUAACAAUUAUGGUUGUCUUGUUUUGUUUGUACUUUUUACUACUUUGUAAGUGUUUGUAUUGUAACUUUUUGGGACACAUUUGCUACUCUACUUUGAUGUUUUCGAUUUCCUGUUUCAGGUUUCAGACUUUGCCUUUUUUCAGUAUGCAUUUCAAAACCGUUUCGUGAGACUGUACUGUUGGAGCCAAAUACAAAGUUUUACCUCUUUCGGAGUUUCAGUUGUUUUGGUAUUUACCAAAUUUACAAAUUAAAGAAUAUUAUUAAGUGAAAUCUUAACAACCCCCCAUCAUCUUCCAAAGUAAAUGAUAACAUCACUAAUUUGAGACAUCUAUUGAUGUAAAUUAUAUACGGUUUAUUAAUUAAAACUGCAUAUGGAUAUUGUUGAGGUUGUUCUGGAUAUGGACAUUUUUGUUAAACAAGUUUGUUAAUUUGUUCAGUUUCAUUUGUUAAUAAAAAUGUUGCCAUAAAUAUAA